AUGCAAUUCGUUGUGGCAAAUAGACAUAUAAAGCAAUUUUCAAAAAGUUUGCAAUGUAUUUCAAGGAUAGGUGAUGAUUUAUAUAUUGAAGGUAGACAAGAAUAUAUUAAAUUUACAACAGUUAAUAACUCGAAAUCAGCAUUUGUAGUAUUUCAAUUCUCAAACUCAUUCUUUCAUUCCUAUAGUUUAGAAGGAGAUGAAGGUAUACAGUAUAAGGCAAAGUCUAAACUUUGUUUUCAAAUGUUUCAUUCAUUAAGUAACAUUGAUAAAUGUGCAAUGAAAAUCGAUUUAGAGGGAAAGAUAUCAUUCUACCUUUUAUGUAAAAAUGGUAUUCAAAAGACAUACUCUAUAAACUAUGAAUUAUCACAAUUACAAAGUGCUGUUUACAAUAAGAAUAGUCCUUAUAAAAUCUCUGUUAAACCAAAACAAAUCUCUGACUGUUUAAAUUAUUUCGCUUCAAAUACUGAAGAAAUCUCAAUUAAUCUUCAAAGAGAUCGUUUAUUAAUUAAAAGUUCAACUGAUGAUAAAAGAGGAUUAAAGAAUUUAUUCACAGAACUAGUAUUAGAUCGUAGUGAUUUUGAUGAAUAUGAUUUUAAUGGUGAUGGAGAGGAGAUUUCAUUCAACUUUAAAGAUUUAAAAACUAUUAUGGCAUAUGUUGAUGUUAUAAAUAAUCCUUGUACUUGGUUUAUAGAAAGGGCUGGUUUACCAUUUCAUAUUAAUUUAAAAUAUAGUUCAACUUAUGAAGUUGAUUUUGUAUUAGCUACAUUACAAGAUAGUUCACAACCAAAUGAUGAUCGUCAACAAUAUCAACAACAAUAUCAACAACAAUAUCAACAGCAGCAACAACAACAACAAUACCAACAACAGCAACAGCAACAACAAUAUCAACAACAGCAGCAACAACAACAACAACAAUAUAGAAAUAGUAAUACAGUAGGAUCAUCCCCAUUAUCAAUGAAUACAAGAAAUACACCACAACAAUAUAGAAAUAGUAAUACGGUGGGAUCACCAAGUGUAGGACAAUCAAAUCAACAAUAUCAACAACAACAGCAACAAUAUCAACAACAACAACAACAACAACAACAACAACAAUACUCACCAAACCAAAACAACAUGUAUGAUGAUGAUGAUGGAAUGGAUAUGGGACCAAUUGAUCAUGAUUUAAGUCCUGCUAUUAACUAUGGUGAUUCAAGAACUUCUCAACAACCACAACAAAUACAACAACAACAACAACAACAAAUGCAACCACAUUACAAUAAUCAAUCAAUGCCACCAUCAUCAUUAGGUUCAACUUCAAGUUAUUUAACAACAAAUAGUAAAAAACCUGUUAUCAGUUAUCGUGGUAUAAACUUGGAGGCUGAUGACGAUGAUGAUGAUGAAGAAAAUGGUUUUAAUCAAAAUGAAAAUGAAGAACAAAAUAUUCAAAAUAGUCAAAAUCAAUAA